UGAUAUCAUAAAGAAACUGAAAUGUUUAUCGUUGUACUAUAACAAUCAUAAUAAUAUUUCACUUCGAAUUAUUUUUAUGUGAGAAUAUAUAUAAUUUAUGUUCAGUUGGCAGCACAGCAGGUUAUAGUGUGGGCUAUUUACUUUGCUCCUGACUGGACUGUAAUGAAACGCGCCUUCUAUUCAAUUAAUUAUAUCUUCAAAAAAGACGUUUAUUUUAGCGCUUCAGGCAAUUGUUAUUCGUUAUCUUUGCUGACUAUUAUGCAGAAUAUAACAUCGCAGUAACGAAAAAUGGUUACUCAAAUUUGAGAAAAAGAUGCCAGAGAUAUACUCGGAGGUUCUCAAGUGCAAACCCAAACUAGCAAAUACAGCUACAAAAAUUUUGGUGAUUUCUUGUAUUUUUACAAUUAUGUUCUACGUUUACGGCUCCAUCCAGUUGACGUGGUUGCAGUUUCCAGUAAAAGAAUUUCCCUCUACUAAUGUAGAACUCGAUAAUGAACUGAAACACCAAGUGGAUGAAAUUUACAGCAAACAUUGGAAUUUAUUCUCUGGAAUCCAGGUUGAUAAACUAAAUGAUACAGUGAAGUCACGAACGCAUAGCAGUAUUGCUGAUGAAGGAGGCCAAACACAUAAUGAUUCGGGUUUCGUUUUACUGUCGCAAACGGCUAAAGUUUUUGACCUAACAGAAAAGGCCAAACUUGAUUUUGAACCUACCUUAACACCAAAAACAACAACGGUAGAAGAUGAAAUUACUACAGGCUUUACUAUUAUAUAUGAUGAAACAACGCCAAGAGAAAUCGAACUCACGAAUGAUACGAAUCUUGUGACCACCGAAGAUCCAGAUGAAUUUACGAUGCCCCAUUCAGCCGUUUCUGAAAAUACGACACCGAUAACAACGACGACCAAGAAACAUCCAAAUAAAAAAAUGCACGAAAAAAAUAUAGAGACUACGGCAAAGGAAGUACAAAAAGACCCUGAUCGAUAUAGUACAGUUGUGCAGAUUUUCAAUCCACAAGAUAAAGCGAGAAAUAAAAUGAGAAAAGACGUUGGCGAGAUUUUUAGUAAAAGACGGAGAAACUUAAGAAAUUACUGUGGGCCGAAUAAAGGCUGGAUGUGGUCGGAUACAAUGCAAAUGUUAGCGGUACCGGAACGUGAUUUUGUGGUAUGUACAGUACAAAAAGCUGGAAGCACUUCUUGGCACAAACUGGUUCACGAUAUGCGAUUUCCAGACCAGCAAUGGGACGGACUCCGAAUAAAAAACUGGCAGUAUGCAACUGAGCUCGAUAAGUCGACAAGACGCAGACUGAUCCAUUCUAAGAACUCUGUCAGAGUUAUUACUGUCAGGCAUCCAUUUGCGAGGCUGGUAUCAGCAUGGAAUAAUAAAUUUCACAAAGAUUAUGUCCAGCAGAAUGGAAACAAGAUGAUGAAUUCCAUGCCCGGCUUGAAAGAUUAUGUUCAGAAGCAUCCUCCGGAUAAAGAUCAUGUGAUAGCAUUUGAAGACUUGGCACAAUACGUGGCCGAUGUUGGAUUAGAUGAAGUUGACGUUCACUUGAAAUCCAUCAGCGAACUGUGCAGUCCGUGUAUGUUUCCAUAUGAUUACAUCAUCAAGGCAGAAACUGCCCCAGAAGACUCUUGGUUUGUUACAGAAAAAAUGAAUGCAACGCUAAAUAGUUUUUCAAGGCAUGUUCCAAGCUCAGUAAAUUUGCCUGUCAAGGGUACAACUACUGCAGAAGAGAGACAAACAGACGAGGCUAGAGUGAUAUCUCGUCUUUUCCGAAAAUUACCUCGCGCGACGACGCGUGUCUUGAAACAGUUGUAUGCAAACGACUUUGAGGCGUUUGGUUAUACUUUCGAUAUUAGCACUCUGCUGGCGGGUGGCUUGGCAUGAACUUUUGAGGGCGAUUGCUGAGUGAUUUUAAAAUUUACAUGUUCUGAAACAGAUGAGCACGCUCCGGAAUCUUACAAAUUCUGAAUGCCACAGAAAAAAGAAGAGGAUUGCGAACAAGACGAUAUCACGAAGAACUGUGUAUUAAAUAUAAUAUCACACCUACACUGUGAAUAACUUUCGGUUUGAAGACUUGCACGUCCACAUUGAAUUGUCACAAAUUCAUCCUAUUGUUUCAAAUCAAAGAUGGAUAACCACUACUGACUAUAUAAUAAUCUGCCAUUAUACCUUGACAAUAAAUGAUUAAUUUCUGCAAUUUUUUGUUGUCUAGUAACUGAACAGCGCUUACAAAGAACUUAAUUACUUGUGGUUGUUGCGAAUUCACGUUACUAAGCGUUGGCAAGCAUGACCGUUACGGCUGAGCAUGUGAAGUAACUGCAUUGAAAACAUUGAAUGGUCGCGAAAAAAAAAAUCCUUGUAAAAGUGAAAAUAUAUUUAUGAAGAUGACGAAAGGUAAUUGAGCUGAGGUAUUGCAUAACAAUAUUUAGUGCUGUAAAUAAUUAGAAUAUUUUCUAACGUAGAAAGAAGUAUUAUCUACAACACGUUAUUUUAUUUUCCAAUAUGGAAAAUAUUUUCAAUUGGAAGUUGGACUUAACCCAAAUUGUCUCCUGCAAUCCUUGAUUCUAUAUCGAACGUAUAUCCAAACCUGUGAAAAUCUAUUUUA